AUGCUCAACAAGGAAAGAGAGAAUGGAGACCCCGGGGGCACAGAGGAUAACAACCAUGUUUAUUGUAACGAAAAGAUCAAAAACCUCAAUCACGGUUUUGCCAAACUGAAGGCGCUUGUGCCCUUUCUCCCACAAAGCAGGAAGCCCAGCAAAGUCGACAUCCUUAAAGGUGCCACUGAAUACAUCCAAGCGCUUGGUGACAUUUUGAAAGAAGCCAAAGACUCUGAGGAACAGGCCCCAGCGGAUCAGAAGUACAGCAACGAUGCUCCGGAACCAUAUGUGCCCUUGGUUAGACAGCCCUCUGGAACCCGACAUGCCAAAUGUGCCUUCGGCUUGAAGAAGGAGGAGGAAGGGCCCUGGCCAGACGGUGGCAGUAGUGAGGCGCCAUAUACCUGUCACCAGAGCAUGAUGGCUGUUACUGGAGUUCUCUCCCCGAGUAGGAAUCUGGCCAAAUUCCCAGAAGCUGGAGUCCUGAGUCACAGCUUCCCUCAAAUAUGAGAAGCACAGAGGUCUGCAGCUACCUCCUCGAGACAAAUAAAGGCAGGCUCGAAAGUUA